AUGGCGCGGGCGGCGCGGGCCCUGGCGCGGGCUGUGGAAGGAGCGGCGGGGCCGGGGCUGGACCGGGCUCGCCUGGUGCCGCUGCCGCCCGGCGGCGCGGCCGGGCCCGACCCGCACGGAUGGCGGGAGGCGGUGGCGGCCGCGGCCGGCGCGCUGCAGGCGGGCGGGAUGGUGGCGGUGCCCACGGACACGGUGUACGGCGUGGCCUGCCUGGCUCAGGACUCGGCCGCCGUGCGCAGCAUCUACAGCCUGAAGGGGCGGAACGGCGCGAAGCCCCUCGCCAUCUGCCUCGGGGACGUGGAGCGGCUCUACAGGUACUGCCACGUGAACGUGCCGGACGAGCUGCUGCGGGACCUGCUGCCAGGACCGGUGACGCUGGUCCUGCAGCGUUCAGAAGAACUGAAUAAAGACUUGAAUCCUUUCACAUCACUGGUUGGUGUUCGUAUUCCAGACCACUCCUUUAUGAGGGACCUGGCACGUGCCUGCUCGGGACCACUGGCUUUGACAAGCGCCAACAUCAGCUCCAAGGGCAGCACCCUGACUGUGUUGGAAUUUCAGGACCUGUGGCCUCAGUUGUCCUUGAUCAUCGAUGGAGGCCCCAUAGGGGACAUCUGGAGCCCAGAGUGUCGCUUGGGGUCGACUGUGGUUGACUUAUCUGUGUCAGGGAAGUUCUCCAUCAUCCGUCCUGGCUGUGCACUGACACCUACAGUUGAAAUCCUGAGGCAGAAGUAUGGCUUGGUACCAGAAUCUUCCUAACCCUUGGGAGUGGGAGCUGAUGGAGCUGGGCACCAUGUGCCUGUGCACUCAGAAGUGGGUGUUUGUGGCCUUGUUUAAUAAGGUCGAUGGGUUAUGUCAAGGUGAAUAAACAAAAGAUUAAAAGAA